CAGCACACCCCUGGAGCCCCGGCCGCCGCCGCCGCCGCCGCACCACCACCACCACCGCCGGCUCGCCCCAUGGACUGAAUGAAGGCUGUCUGCACCCCCUAUCGAUGCCUCACCAAAGAGCUGGAGAGCUGCGCCAUGAACCCAGAGCUGACAAUGGAGAGCCUGGGGCCCUUACACGGGCCGGCCGGCCCUGAGCAGGAGUUGAUGGGCAGCCCAAGCCCUCACCACCAUCCGCCUGGCAGGAGCGCCGGCCCGCUCCGGGUCCACCCGCCGCCUGCUCCACCAGGCCCGCCGCCUUCCCAUCAGGAGCUGGCCUCCGCCUCCUCGCGUUCGGCCAUGGUGAGCAGCAUGGCUUCCUUGCUGGACGGGGCAGGGGACUACCGGCCGGAGCUCUCCAUCCCGCUGCACCACGCCAUGAGCAUGCCCUGCGACUCCUCGCCGCCCGGCCUGGGCAUGGCCAGCACUUACACCACGCUGACGCCUCUCCAGCCCUUGCCGCCCAUCUCCACCGUCUCGGACAAGUUCCACCACCCGCACGCCCACCACCAUCACCAUCACCCGCACGCCCACCACCCGCACGCCCAUCAUCCCCACCAGCACCAGCGCCUCACCGGCAACGUCAGCGGCAGCUUCACCCUGAUGCGCGACGAGCGGGGGCUCCCGGCCAUGAACAACCUCUACGGGCCCUACAAAGAGAUGACCGGGAUGGGCCAGAGCCUCUCGCCGCUGGGCAACGGCCUGGGCUCCCUCCACAACCCCCAGCAGGGCCUCCACAACUACGGGCCGACCGUCCCCGAGAAGAUGCUGAGCCCCAACUUCGAGGCCCACCCGGCCAUGCUGACCCGAAGCGACCAACACCUCUCGCGGGGCCUUGCCACCCCUCCGGCCCCGAUGAUGGCUCACCUGAACGGGAUGCAUCACCCCGGCGGCCACCCGCAGCCCCACGGGCCCGUCUUGGCCUCCAGCCGGGAGAGGCCGCCUUCCUCCUCGGGCGGCCAGGUGAGCAACUCGGGCCAGCUGGAGGAGAUCAACACCAAAGAAGUGGCGCAGAGAAUCACCGCCGAGCUGAAGCGCUACAGCAUCCCCCAGGCCAUCUUCGCCCAGCGGGUGCUGUGCCGUUCUCAGGGGACCCUUUCAGACCUUCUAAGGAACCCUAAGCCUUGGAGUAAACUGAAAUCGGGCAGGGAGACCUUCCGAAGAAUGUGGAAAUGGCUGCAGGAACCCGAGUUCCAGAGGAUGUCAGCCUUAAGACUUGCGGCAUGCAAACGCAAAGAGCAAGAACCAAACAAAGAUAGGAACAACUCCCAGAAGAAAUCUCGUCUGGUUUUCACUGAUCUCCAACGCAGAACACUUUUUGCCAUUUUCAAAGAGAACAAACGUCCAUCGAAAGAAAUGCAGAUCACCAUCUCACAACAGCUGGGCUUGGAACUUACUACGGUCAGUAACUUCUUCAUGAAUGCUAGGAGGCGGAGUCUUGAGAAAUGGCAGGAUGAUCUGAGCACCGGGGGAUCCUCGGCAACCUCCAGCACUUGUACCAAAGCAUGAUCAAAGAACCGAAUCUGAAUUGGGCACAACUCAACUAAUAUCUAUUUAAAAGGAAUGGAUUCUUAACGGGGCCCUUCACUGGUGAUUUGAAAGCACAAUUCUCCUAAACCGUAAUACUACUUUGCAACACGGGGCAUUCAGUUUAAUUUAAUUCAGAUGAGAAUUAGGCUUUGGGGGUUCUCUCUGUCUGUCUGUCUGUCUUUCUUUCUUUCUCGUGCAGGUCAAAAAUAUAUUCAAGGCAGACUAAGCAUGUCAGAAACAGGAGGUGCUCUCUCAUGCCUUAGAUCAGGGGCGUCCAACCUUGGCAACUUUAAGAGCUGUAGACUUCAACUCCCAGAAUUCCCCAGCCAACAUGGCUGGCUGGGGAAUUCUUGGAGUUGAGGCCCGCAAGUCUUAAAGUUGCCAAGUUAGAACACCCCUGCCUUAGAUUAACUCACAGACGGUGUGAUAGAGCCAAGCAAAGUUCAUUAUCUUUGGGGCCACAGGGAGCAGCCAACAAAAUGGCACCUAAUUGAACAGAUUGCUCACUAUCGAAGGUUCAAACCCAGCUGACCCCAUCCAUUUUCUAAAGGCUUAGAUUCUCCACACUAGUAUACCAAAGCAAACAAACACGGAAAUAAGCAAAUACUGAGCACAAAUGUUAACUAGACCUAAAAACACUGGGUUGUACUUUAGAGACUCAGGCAAUGUUAUGCUGAAUAUUUUUCAGUAUCAUCCAAUUAAGCCUGUUUGGGCUUUUUUUCUAAAAAAACAAAAAAACAAAUUGUGUCUAAGGACAAGGAUCUAAGGUUUGGUUCCCAGGAGCCAAUUUAUCAAGCACAAAAGCAAUAGAUGUAAACAGCUGUGUGUUCUUUGCCUGUUCUUUUAGGACGUGCUCGGAGUCGGGAGGGGGUUGUUAGUGAACAUGUUGGUUUCAAGCACACUUUUGCAGGUUUUUCACAAUUUCUAUGUGUACAUAGUGCAGACUCACACUCAGGAAGCCCGUUUAGAUGCUACCACACAAAGAGCAAAUGCAACAAAGACCACCAAACCAUUAAUUUCACCACACCGUUAUUAUCCAAGUAGAUUAAGGAUACCUCUUUUUUUUUUUUUUUUUUUGACCACAUAAUUUUUAUAUUUUGAUUAGUUGGUGUUUCAGCAGAAAAAGAAACGAACGCCUUCAACUGUCUCUCACCAUUGGCGCACUUCCUUUAAAAAGUGUGGUCCAAGCCUGUUCCCAUGGACGAAAAACCAUCUUCAUUUAUCACUUCAUGUCAGAAAAAAAAAAAUGCAACACUACCAAAGAUGCAGGAUACUGCAAACCAAAGACCAUCAUAAUGUUUAUCUCAUUGCCAUUUUGUUGUCAUUGUCGAUUUUUUGUCAGAUCUUGCAUACAUUUAGCCAACAAUGUUGGUCAACCUACGGCUCUUUCAGCUCACCUUCCCAGGGAGCUGAAAGAGAGUUAGUUCCUCAAGUGAAGUAGCAAUGCUAACUUUUAAUCGCACUAGGGUACUGUGCUCACCUACUGAUGCAUAAACACUAUUGUCUUCAUCAGAAUUCCUCUGGUCACGCAAUGUGCACAUUUACCAGUGAAUAGCCCCUUUCCUUCGAACACCACUUGAGUGUUCACUAGCAAGCCAAAUGCUGUAAUGAUCCUUUAAAGACACUUGAGACUCUUUUAUGUACUACUUAAUCGAAACCAAAGAAACUUUUUCUGCACCUAUUUCUUCUGCAACAAACUGUUCCAUUUAAGGGGGAAAAAAAAAUAAAAGAAAAGAAAGAAAUGAAUAAUAGUUUAAAAAAAAAAAAAACCAAACCAAACAAGGAAACACGUCAGGAAAAAAAUAAAUAAAUAAACCAAUGAUAACACACUGUGUUUUGACAGACAUCUUGGGACAUUUUUAGGAAGCAGAGUUCAAAGAAAGGGUUGACAAGAAAGGAAACGAAUGGAAAAGCCAACAGGAUUGCUGCUUCAUUUGACAACUCAGUAAUCUUAAAGUUGAAGAUUGUCUUUAAUUUGUGCCUAUGCAGUUUUUUCAAAAGAACAAGGAACAGAGCAACCGAAACCUCAACAGCUACAAUACCAAAGAAUGAGGAUUUCUCACAACUUUUAGUUCAGUUCAUUCUCUCUCCCCUUGCACAGCGAAUAAUGCUUUUAGCACCAUUGAUCUGUGUGAAGGUAAAUGGUUUCUGUUUCUUUUGAGCAACAACAAACCAACACACACAAAAGGGAUGACUUUUAAAGUUCUUUUCUUAUUUUAUUUUUUUCCUAGUUUCUGCUCCCACGUGGAAUCUUCUCAGGAUUCCAUGAGCUCCAAGUAUUAAGAUGUUGGGAUACUAAACUAAACCUGGUGUAGGGAGGGAAAACCUCAUCAGCCAAAUGCUAAUUUUGAAUCAAGAGGGCUAUGUGAUUUUUAUGCUUUUGAAAAUGUUUGUCUAAAGGUUGGGGGAUUGGAGGAAAAAGUAUUAUCAAUGUCAAAGAAAUUAUAUUUGUAUUUGUCGAUACAGGAAUAUGUUUGGAAAGGAGCCUCACCUCAUACAAUCUGGCCAGUGAACAAUUAUAGGUAGCCCUCGACUUACGGCCACAAUUGAGUUCAAAAUUUCCAUGGCUAACCAAGACAGUCAUUAAGCACGUUGUGCCCCAUUUUAUGGUCUUUUUUUUUUGCCACCAUUGUUAAAUGAAUCACUGCACUUGUUAAGUUAAUCACGUGUUCGAUAAGAGAUGCCAACUUUCCCCAUUGAUUUUGCUUGUCGGAAGCCAACUGGGGAACGUCACCCAUGGUGAUCACAUGACCCUGGGACGGCGCAACUGUCAUAAGUACAUGCCAGUGGCCAAGUGCCCAGAUUCUGAUCACAUGACAAUGGGGAUGCUGCAAAAGUUGUAAGGUGACGAUCAUAAGUCACUUUUUUUUCAGUGCUGCUAUAAUUUUAAACGAUCGCUAAAUGAAUGGUUGUUGAUUGAAGGCUACCUGUAGUUGUUCAGACAGUUUGACUUAGUAAUUCAAUGUGAUCCAUGUACUAUCGAGACAUGAGGACAAUCUAAGGCCUUUCUGCUAGAUAAGUGCUUCCCACCUAGAAAAUCAUGCUUCCCUUCUUAAGCUUACUUCAAUUUAUACCCUAUUUCCCCAUUCUACCAUAUUCUCGUCUUGCCUAGCAUACCUGUAUCAUAAGAGCUCAGCACUGUUCCAUUUAGUUCCCAUCUCACUGACCUCCAGAACUCAACCUAUAAGUGUCAAGGAUGUUCACCUUUGCUGUUACUAAUGAGCCUGUAAACCUUGUUCUGAAAAUCCAGAAUCCCGGCUGCUAUUUCUAACUCAUAUUAUGGAUCUGAUUUUUUUUUCCCCAUCAUCCAGAACACACGCACACACUUGCAAGUUUCUGUUAUUAUAGCCCAUCUCCAUAAAAACAGUUUUAACCUUUCCUAUGGAGUUGAUUUUCAGAUCUGAUCCAGUGGUGGGUUGCUAUCGGUUCGCCCCGGAUCAGGCGAACUGGUAGCGGUGGCGGCGGGAGGCUCCGCCCAAGCACCCGGACGUCUCUGCACAUGUGCAGAAGCAUCAUGCGUGUGCCCACAAACGAACCAGUAGCGGCCGAAAUUGAAACCCACUACUGAACUGAUCUACCUAAUGGGGUUGACACAAAUCUUGCAAGUUUGAUGGUGCUACACCGCCUUCUUUUUCUUUUAAUUCACCAGUGAAUCAAGGAGGCUUCUGCCUGAGCGAUUUCUGAAUGUUAUCUCAUUGUUCUGGACUUUUAAAAAAAUAUAUAUUUUGUCUGCUUUUGCCUAACAGUUCCUGCCUAUUUCAGUCAAAGUCUUUCUUGCUUACUCUCUACAAAUUUAGAGCCUUCAUACCCAUAGAACAAACUGGACACAAGUGGCUUAAGAACAAAAAGGUAGACUUUGCAUCACAUACGUGAUGUUUUGGAGCAAUAAAUUAAGAAAAAUCAGAACUUCAACAACCUGCCCCUAAGAAAGAGUUUUUUUCAGUGGAAAUCUAGCCAUUUUGCUGAUAUUUAUCUGCAUAUAAGUACAACAAAUAUAUAUAUAUAUAAAUGAAUACAAUCAUCAUUAGAAUUACAGCCUCAAAUUAAUUAAAUCUGGGUACUGACUACAGAGUGAGACCUGUGAGCCAUCAUUCAUGUGUGCAGUGCUGUUGAUUUGUUUUGAAUAAAUCUGCUUGGACCUGUGAGGGGAAGAGAAAGUCAUUUCAAAUCUAAUCUUUUCAUGGAAAAAGGUAGAAAAGCUAUCCACAUUCUUCACUUAUCUACUGAUUUUUAGGUAGCUAUAAUAAACAGAAUUCCUGCUGCAAAAAAAAUAUUAUUUGAGAAGCCAACAUAUUACAGAGAGCAAGGAUGGGUAUAUUUGGUUUCAUCUAAGUGCUCACAUGUGUUAGCAUUGAAAAGAUCUAAUAAAAAAAUCUUACGAUUAAGCAGGAAAUGAAGCUUUUGCUCAGCUAACCACUGAUUUUGUUCUCAUUAAUUCACUCCUUAUCCAAUCUUUAGAGGAGCAGUUGGGACAAACCCCAUUCCAAAAUUGACCAGAUCAAUUAAUCCUUUGAGUUCAUCCAUGUUUUUAAGCACCUUUUUCAAAGGACGAUAUAGAAUAGAGUCCUUGUUGUACAUAAUAAGUUUUAUAUUUUUUCAGUGUUGUUUUAAUGUUAUUCAAAACAGUAGAGAGUAAGCCAGUCUGACUGAGAUUUCUUAAAGUGUUUGUGGCAGGCACAGGGCAUUCAUAAUUUAUCCAAAUUCAGAACCUAUUUGUGAAAACAAAUAGGAUUUUAAGACUACUACAGCUUUGGUUUCCUUCAUUACUUCAGCAUUAUGUUAAAGCUAGGAUUAAUGGUAUGGAAGAUGGUAUGUAUGUAGGGAAGUACAUUUUUAUGUAAAUGCAUUUAUAUUUAUUGUGCAUGAAGACAGAUAGCUAGAUGAUAGAUAGAUAGAUAGAUAGAUAGAUAGAUAGAUAGAUAGAUAG